CUUAAUUUCUUCACUUCUCAUUAAGACUUCCGCUCUAGAUUGGUGCUCUUGUAUAAGUGUUGUAUAUUUCAUUUGUUGAAAGGAAAUCACUGGCGAGGGUCAGUUUCUUGGACCAUAGAAAGAGACAUGGAUAAUCCGGGGCUUGAUAAGGAGAAUAAGUAACGAAUUGUCUUACUCUCUUAGUGGUAUUCGUCAAGUAUGCUAAUAUUGUCAAUACGAUAGCUCUUCUAGUUCCAAAUCGUUUCCAUUCAUCGUAUCGACCGAUCAAAGUAAACCCGACAAGAAAACCCGGAAACUGGUCAAGCAACAUGUCAUGCGAGACAUUGCUCUUGCCCGAAGAAAAGGCAACAAGAAUUUCAGAAGUCCUCAUAUUCAAAUUCCUUUGGUUGUACCGGAAAUUAAUGGUGGUGACUGGCUUCCACUUGCUUCUGGUGAGUAAAGUCAGAUAGCAUUCAAUUCUUUCAAGUUGUGAUUCUGAACUAUAACAGAACCCAAGAUCGAUAACCAAGAGGUGAAUCAAAUCGUGGAAAGAAUUCUUGCACCCAGCCCUUCUCUGGAGAGACUUGGAGCAGGAAUAUUCGACCCCAUUUUGCCAUACCCAAUUGAGAUGGACCACACCAGUCGAGGCUUGAUAGAUAAUGGUAACUGACCCGCUCACGGAGAUCCAAAUUUGCUGACAACUCCGUCUUCCUAGCUAAUCUAUCAAAUAGUAUUUGACACUAGAAUGAAUACCAUGAAGCCCUACCGAGAUGCAUUCUUCCACAUCGCCAUCCACGACCGCUCAGCAUUCUUUCAACUCCUCGCCAACACCGAACUUUUACGCAACUCGCAAAAGGCCUAUGAGUCAGAUGGCAAAGCACAAAUCUCGUAUACAGCCGCGAAAUACCAUGCCAAAGCAAUCAAACUUGCCAAUUCGAGGCUUCCGAAUUCGGAAGAUGCGGUUAGUGAUGGGAUUAUUUCGACGGUUUUGAUUAUGGCUGUUUACAAUGUGAGUCUUUUUUCCCUCCUCAUUGAAUUAUGAAGAGAUGUACUCAAAUGAAGGUAGCAUAUUUUGCAGGACUUCAAAUCUUGGAAUAUACAUAUGAGUGGACUUAAACGAAUUUUGGAGCUGCGUGGGGGAAUCGAGACGUUGCAAACGACCCCUAUAUUGAGACUUUUGAUAUCAUGGUACAUUCCCUUUCUUGUUCUCACAACAAAGUCCUAUCACUAAUAGCAGAACAGGCAUGAUAUAUCUGGUUCCUAUGCCCAUGAUCAAGAACCGCAUUUCCCAUACCCUAUAAUCUCAUUACCAACCCUACCGACUCCAGAUGUCCCACCCUUAGCACCGGUCCAACAUCUUAUCAACACCUUUUCAUCCUCGUCAUAUACCGCAGUGGCGCAAAACUUACUAACUUUCCACUCAUAUCAUGAGAUUCUCCGUUAUGAGAACAAUUGGCCGGAGGGUCGUUUAAUCAGCGACAAAGUGGUCUCUGGAUUUUGGAUGAACCGAAUCAUACAGAUACUUCUCUGUCUCAAAGGACCCAUGUAUUCCCCCAAUUCAUUCCUGGAAGGUGUAGAAGAGACUGGAAAUAGCACCAAAGAACUUGAUCUUCAAACAUUAGCCGAAAUCUGGCGACUGGGAGCCCUUCUAUAUCUUGCUGAGAUUCGGAGAAGAAUGGGCACGUGGCCUGUGAGAACUGAAGUGUAUGUCAGCAAAGUCCAGCGCAUUUUCAGACGAUAUGAUGUGAGCAAUUCUCAAGUUUGGAGAGGGGUUGGAGUGCUGAAGCUUUGGGUGCUUGUUCUGGCAAUUUUUGAGGCGAGAAAUGUGGGAGAGAGGAGUUUGUUGAUAGAGGAUUUGAGGAGUGUGAUGUGCCACGAACAUCUGAGCUCAUAUGAAGAACUCAGGAGUGCGUUGCAUGGUAUGUUUUGGGAUGGGAGUAUUUUCGAUGAGAAGUUGAAGGACUUUUGGGAGAAAUCUUGGGCACAAAGUCGUGAUUCAUGAUUGCGAAUGAUGUUUGUGGGGAGAGAGUAAAACUCACUCUAGGAUUCUGUGACCAUGAAAGGAAUGGAGUGGCAACAUAACUGAGGCUACUUAGCAAUGGAACGAUGGCGUUGAUGUUAGACUGAGAGAAGAGGAGUGAUGGAGUGAUGGGCGUCAAGAUUGGAACUCUACAGUUGGUGCGAUGUGCUGAAUACGGAAUCCUGCCUUCUGUACCAUCUAUUCCCAACAUCUAACCCAAAAGCAACUUCUCCGAAGUCUUUUUCUUGUACUGAGUCUCCCAUUCGGGACUUGCAACAAAAGCACAUUGUCAGGAGUGGAGGUCAUAUGCUCUUGAUAAACUAUUAGUUCGUAAGUGUAGCUGAUAAGUGCUUUUUAGUUUCCCAAAUGACUUCCCUAUCACCAAGUAAGGUUACCAUGUUCCACAAUCUCUGCCCAAUUCUAUCAAAUUCUGGCAACAUCACACAGGUACCGUCAUACCUAGAUCCGUGCUUUUCAUGUACAGCACAUGGUAUCCGCUUAUCUGAUACGCAUUUUACACAGUGUUACUCAUGUACUCGGAGUAGCGUUUUCAAACUGCAUGUUUGACGUGAGCGACUUGGAAUCGAUAGAUUUGCC